AUGAAAAUGGGCCUGUCAGCAGGCAAUCAGAGAGAGCAACAAGGAUUGGUGGAGCGCUGCGUCCCACCGCUCACUGUCGUCUCCUCGCUCUCCUCUGCCUUCCCAAUCCCAGUGAGAUUUGCUGGCAAGCCAACUUUCAUCAAACGCUUGAGCUCGGACAGUCUAGAUGGAGGAAAACUCCGAAGGAUAAGGAGCUUACUGCGCAAGGAGAGCUCUACGUCCAGUCUGCUGCCAGCCAUCCCUGGAGUGCCUGAAGACCAAAAGCAGCCGCUGACCUGCCAGCUGCAGGGCCAGGCAGAAACAGACAGCCAAGAAGACCUGGGCCAAGCCCCGGGAAUCAAACACGUGAGCUUCCGUGAGGAAGAACGGGAAGCGGAAAAAGCCCAUCGUGUGGCUGCGGUGCUGAAGUUGCCCAAAGCCAACGAAUCUUUCAGCAACGAUUCCAGACCUUCCUCAAGGGCUCAGUCCAGCCCGUCGCAGGCAUCGCAAGGCACUCCAUCCCGGCUUCCACUUCUGGCAUGCGACUCAGUCAGACUUCUGAGGCGCAGGGCUAAGAAGAGCAGGCAGAAAGAACCUGAGGAGAUGGAAGCAUCAACAUCUCAGGCUGAGGCCAGCCAGCCGCAGGAGUCCUCUGCUGACAGAGCUGGAUUUCUGCCACCAAUAAACGAAGAAACACAGUCUCCUCAGCGUCAGCCUCCAAACAGCAAAGCCCCACCGCGCAGGAAGGGCACACACUACCCACGCUGAUGCGGGCAUGGGGCGCCCAUGAGCUCCAAGAGCUCCACUCGAGCUGGCUGCAAAACAGAUGCUUGAAUCCCAUCUGCAUCAUAUCUAAUCCUAGACUAGGCUGCCGAGUGCCCAAUCCAACCUGGCCUUCAACACUGCCACAGACGCGGCGUCCACAAGCUCUCUGGGCAUCCGCUUCCAGCAUCUCACCACCGUCUCUGGAAAGACCUUCUCCCUGACAUCCAAUCUUCAUUGUCCCUCCCUCUGUCAAUAAAGCCUUACCAUGGCCCUAUCCCAUAGAAAUCUCCACAAUGCCUGUGGCAGUGUCAUUGUGUCUUUGGACGCCAGCUCUGGUGCUGGUGGAGGGAGAAAGAAUUGUGAGAGGGCAUCAGAACAUGUCACGAUGCUUUCCUUGAUGCCAAAGGAAAUCCAGCGUCUCGCUUGGCUCGGCUGUCUGAGCUUUUCUGCUGAAGGGAAAGACCAAAAAUGAAGUCAGCUUCAAAUUGGUGUGGCAGCUCAGAGCUCUCAGAGGAUACCAGGGAUCCUUGGGAGGCCCUUUCCAAGUGGAAGAUUGCGUCCUAUAAAGAAUCACAGAAUCACUGAAUCAUACAAUGGCGUGCGUUGAAAAGGACCACAGUGACCAUCAAGUUUCACCUCCCACCCCCCUCCCCGCUAUGUGCAGUACUGCCAGCCACUAGACCAAAAUGCCCCGUGCCACAUCCAGCCUGGCCUUGAAUGCCUCCAGGGAUGCAGCAUCCACAGCCUCCUUGGGCCAUUCCCCCUCCUGCUUAGAUGCUCCCUUUAAGUACUGGAAGGCCACCAGGAGGUCUCCAUGGAGCCUUCUCUUCGCCAAGCUAAACGAUCCCAGUUCCCUCCACCUUUCCUCAUACGAGAGGUGCUCCAGCCCUCUGACCAUCUUAGUGGCCCUCCUCUGGACCCACUCCAAAAACUUCCCGUCUUGCGGAGAAGAGAGAAUAAAGGUAAGACAGACUCCAAGAAGGACAAGAGCAAAAGCAGAGAAGAACAGGCACAGGUAAGAAAGAAGAGCAGAAGAGGAGGAGAAGAAAAAAUGAGGAUGAAGGUAAGAAAAACAAGCGGGCAGGGAGAAGAGCUGAAGAAGGGAUGAGUGGGUGCAGGUAAGACCGAACAGCAGAAGUGGAGAGGAGCUGAAGAGGAGAAGUAUGAAAAGUAGAGCAAAAGUACAGGAGGUGGAAAGAGAGGAAAGAGGCAAGAGAGAAGAGAGGAAGAGCAGAGAAAGAACAGAGCAGUAGAGAA